CGCUCCCACAACCUGCUCUUUAUUAUAUUAUUCGUUUAGCCACAGAAGUUUUGGAACGGUACAAAAUAAGUUUCUAGUGUGUGUAACUGAAUUAUGUCAUUUAAUCUCAUUUAACAUUGUUUCGGUUCCAAAGCGGCAACACACGGAAGGGUUGCCACCUGGCCGGUAAAAACGCUGUCCCAUUGGAGAGUGGUGAGUAUAUCUGCGUCACGGACGAUUUUAUCACUUUCUCUGGGUCCUAACGUGACAGGCGGGAGUGAGGGCCCACGGGGUGGCUACUGAGCACUCGUAAGUCUCCCGGGGAGAGGGAAAUUGCACUGAUUCCAGUCAGGGUCUGUUGAGACGCCCGGAAGCUCCCGGAGCCAGGCGAUUGCGCAUGCUCACAUCCCGCGGCCUCUUACCCCCAGAAAUAUUCCAAGUAUGUGCAGGCAGCGGAGAGGCGCACUCACAGUCUGAAGGGAAAGAGCAGAGACACAGAGAGAGCUCAGGAACAGGGAACGUGUCCGAGGAGACACAGCCGCCUCCUUGUUGGGCGAGCGAUAUGGAGACCAGUGAUUGUGCAACACGGGGAGCUCAGGGACAAGUGAGCCCGCAGGCUCUCGGCUACUGCGACUCUCUGCUCCGGGGCAUGUCCUGCUGAAGCUGCGGGGCAAACAGGGGAGGAAUGGCUGAUCCUCUGCGCAGGACUUUAUCCAAACUGCGGGGGAAGAGAUCCAAGAAGGGGUCGGCGGGGGGACUUGGAGCCGAAUGUAACGGAGAAGGUAAAGAGCUGCACAGAGGGGGCACACGGAGGGCUCGUGCAGAGGAGGAGAGCGCUGGGGAGGGCAAGGCAGGGCCACUAGUGGGCUGCGAGGGGCAGAGUCUCGGGGGGCGAACUCCAGCAACUUCCCCGGACUUUAUGGCAAGUUUACAGACCGGGCCGGAAAGCACAGAAGGAACAGUGGGCUGGUGCAGCAGCAAUCACAAUAAUAACAAUGAUGCCAUGCUGGGGGAGACGGCAGUUAGUAGCUCAGACACAGCAGGACGAGUCCUCACUAAUACUCACGGGCUAGAGGUUCAGUACAGGGGGCUCCACUCCAUACAACAUCCUCAUGGGAUUAGUACUAUUCACCACAAUGGGGGGAUCUUCCCCUAUGGGAAGUAUCACAACUGUCAUCUGUCUCCCCCCCAAUAUAACCCUUAUAGCCCUUAUAGCCACACGUCUAGUGCUGAAAAGCAGUGGCUAUCACCCCACAGCACCCCAGUUUCUUCAUGUCACCUGACCUUCUUUUACCCUCAGUCUCCCCAGACAAGGGCUGUCCAGGAGCCUCAAACAGAGUUUGUUCCCUCAAAUUUGUUUCCCAGUCACCCGGCUAUGUUAGGUGAUUGCCACACUGUGACCUCACAAUACAGUGCACCAUCGCACGAUUACUCUCAAUUAACGGCUCCCUCUUUCUAUAGAAUUACCCCAAACCACUCAGAGGACAGCGAGGAAGAUGAUUAUUAUGACAAUGAAAAUCUGCUGGUCACUGCAGUGACUGAACCGCAGUAUAAUGGCGUGUGUAUAGGGCCUGGUGGGGUAUCACAUAGGUCUCAACAGCUACACAACACUGUUUCAUCCCCAGGGGAUUAUUCAGGAGACCAGCAGAGUAAGGGCAAUGACAAUAUCUAUCUAGAGACUGACAGGCUGAGGUCUCAGUUGCAAGAGGCGUAUUACUUAUUAAUCCAUGCCAUGCAUGAUUUACCUCUUGAAAACCAUACCAGCAAGGUAGCUGCUAAAGUAGAAAGGUGCCACUCCAGCUCCCAGUCCCAAGACAGUGUUUAUUCUCAGUCGUCUGUUCGUGCUAUAGAAAGUGACGUUUGGUCCUCCGAUGAGACGAGCCCAAAGCAAGUGUCUCAGAGUGACCUGGUGUCCCUUAAUGCAUUGAGAAAUUUAGAAUUUAAUAGAUUCCAAAGCUGUAGCAAAAGUUUGGACGCUAUAUACACCAUGCCGAUUCAGGAAACCUUGCAAAAGUUUCAUAGCGAUAGUCUAAUUAAGUACAACACACUGAAUAAUAGCCCAACUUCUCCAAACCGUGGCAUUGUAGACACUUUGGGCUCUGUUUGCCACCAAGUGGACACAUAUAUGGACUGUGAGGGCGAUGUUUGCCCCCAAUCCAGUACUGGAGCCAUCAACCGUGGAAUAUCUGGGGAUUGUAAUCAAACCCAAUCUGAUUAUCUUCAUGAAGGAAAACCUGCCUAUGACCAGGUGACAUAUAACACUGUUCCAGCUGAUAGCCAGGACCAAGGGCUUUCCCAGAAACCAUCUGGAUUAACCGUAAAGAAGAUGCAGAAAUGGAUGUACAAAGGACGAUUAUUAUCUUUGGAAAUGAAGGACCGAAUUAUUGGAUCCUCCCAAAGAACCAAUGGGUCUUCUGCUGGCACAAGCAACAGACCUGAACUUGCCCAGACUAGUUCAACUGCAUCGCUGAAAAUACCUGGAGAGAGCCAAGGACCCCCUGUAACAGAUUUAAUUGAAAAUGUCUACGCUUCAACAGUCAGAAAAGAGCUCAAAGUCACGGAGGCAAAUGAGCAUAAUUUACAAAAAACCCGCAUCACUGUGUCAAAGAAAAGGAGUUGGUUAAUCCAGAGUAGCCACAAGUAUCCGCAACGGGAAGCGAAUAAUGGCCCUAAGAGGCCACCUGACCGUAACCAGCUGCAGAAGUCUCACAGCUUUAGUGUUCAACAACAGCAAACGUCAGUCUUUGUGGAAAAACAGAGCUGUAACAGAACCCAAGUGUCUUGCAAUGAGGUUGUUCAGCCGACCCCUGCAAUCCCCUUAGUACUGCCCAAUUGUGUUGCGGACCACAAUGAAGAGAAUGAUGCAGAUGAUGAAGGAGAAAUUUGGUACAAUCCCAUCCCUGAAGAUGAUCAGUACCUGAGCACAGACAAGACUUCUGGCCAGACUGCUACUGUUACAGGAAGUGAUUUAUUGAAAACAUCAGAGAGCCCUGGAGGACCUCCACGUUCUGCAGUAUGUGUGGGGGAUCUGAUCCAGAUGUCUCCUACCAGUGAGAUUAAUCAUAAAGAUGCCUUACAUUCCAAUGACUAUUGCAUGCAGCUGCACAAGCACAACCUAACAUCUAAGGCUCCAAUGGCACUUACUGAAGAAGUGACUCCUGCCCCUAAAUCUAAUGAAUCAGGUGCUGGUGUCCAGAGCUCCAUCAAGGCCAUUUCUUCCCAAGCUACAGAAUUGUCUCCUCCAUCUAGUCCAAACCCUUCAAAAAAGGGAGGAAGUAUUAAUUGGUCUUUUCCUGAUAAAAUUAAAUCCCCAAGGACUGUCAGGAAGCUGUCCAUGAAGAUGAAAAAGCUGCCAGAACUCAGCAGAAAGCGCAGCAUCAAAGGGACAUCAAAUGCAGACCAAGCCCCUUCUACGUCAAAAAGUAACUGCCAAAAUAUAAGCCGUACAGCAUCCUUAUCUUCCUCGGGAAAUGUGACAGCUGCUGCCAGUAGGAAUGUCAUUAGCCGAUACCACCUCGAUAGCAGUGUGUCAUCCCAGCAAAACUAUAAGAAGAAAAGCUCUGGGAGCUCGAAAUCCUCAAGCAAAGGGGGAUACCUCAGUGAUGGUGACUCCCCUGAGCUUAUAGCAAAGUCAGGUAAACAUGGAGCAGACGAUAGGGCCACAAAGGGAAAAGAAGCACUUGCAGGCGGUAACACAAAAUCCGAUAUAGACAUUGAUGCAUUUCGGCAUUAUAGCUUUUCGGAUCAGCCCAAGUGUUUUCAGUAUAUAUCAGGACUCAUAAGUCUUCAUUUUUACGGAGCAGAGGAUUUGAAACCUCCAAGAAUAGACUCAAAAGAUGUAUUUUGCGCAAUCCAGGUUGAUUCAGUAAAUAAAGCAAGAACUGCUCUUCUUACAUGUAGGACGGCUUUCUUAGAUAUGGAUCACACGUUUAACAUUGAACUUGAAAAUGCACAGCACUUGAAGCUAGUAGUGUUUAGUUGGGAUCCAGCGCAUCGUAAAAACAGAGUUUGCUGCCAUGGAACUGUUGUGCUCCCUGCACUUUUUAGAGUGACAAAGACACAUCAGCUAGCUGUGAAACUGGAGCCCAGAGGGCUCAUUUAUGUCAGGCUGAAUUUGAUGGAACAAUGGGAGAAUUCCUUGGACCGCCCAGGAGUGGAUCGGGAGCCUAUUGUAUUUGGUGUUGAGGCCAGAAAAGUUGUUGAAAAAGAAAAUGCUGGGCUAAUGGUACCGCUGCUGAUGGACAAGUGCAUUAAGGAGAUUGAACAGAGGGGAUGUCAGGUUGUAGGAUUGUAUCGUUUGUGUGGUUCUGCUGCUGUGAAGAAAGAACUUCGGGAGGCUUUUGAAAGAGACAGCAAAUCUAUUGGCCUGUGUGAGUCCCAGUAUCCGGAUAUCAAUGUUAUAACAGGAGUGCUUAAGGAUUAUUUGCGAGAACUGCCUUCCCCUCUUAUUACAAAGCAUUUGUAUGAAGCUGUCCUAAAGGCAAUGGCUGAGAAACCUUUGAAAAUCACUUCAAAUGGUUGUGAGAACGACUCCAGGGACUCUGAGAACACUGUUAGUCUACUAGACUGCCUGCCUGAUGUGGAGAGGGCGACACUGAAGAUGCUGUUGGACCACUUGAAACUGGUUGCCUCUCACCAUGAUGUAAACAAGAUGACCUGCCAGAACUUAGCGGUUUGUUUUGGUCCAGUUCUCCUGAGCCAGAGGCAAGAAACGUCCAGUCACAACAACAGAGUCUUCAUUGAUUCAGAGGAACUUGCUAGUGCCUUAGACUUCAAAAAACACAUAGAGGUCCUUCACUACCUUCUACAGCUAUGGCCAGUAAAGAACACAUCUGCCAAAGAACCAGCUCCAAACAGCGCUGUGACUGAGCAACAAGCUUGCCUGCGAAGGAAGAAACCUCGUCCUCAGAUGCUCAAUUUAGGCAGCAGUGAAAUGAGUGGGGUGCUGAGGCCGAGAGUCAUCAGGCUAGAUAGCCCUUCCAGCAACCGCUAUGCAGGAGACUGGAGCAGCUGCAAAGAGAACUAUUUCAUUUGCCCAAGAGAAGAAGCAGAUUAUGACGACGUGCCUUCUGAAGACACAGACAGCCGAGGAGACAGGAGCCAGGUAAAUGAUGUGAUGAGCCAUUAUCCGCUAACCAAAGAACAUUCACUCAAAGCUUUCGUAUCAUCAGAAGGGGAUGUAACCGAGGAACAAGAUGUGAACCUGCAGGACUUGCAAGAAAGUAUCGACACAUUGAUAGGAAACCUAGAGCGGGAACUUAAAAAGAACAAACAGAAUUCACAUGUAUAAUAACUCUUUGUUUCCUUCCUGAUGAGAAUACCGCAGUAACCAGAAGUAUCUGGUUCUCAUUCCAUGACAUUAUUAUUAUUAGAAAUAUUUCUUCUUAUUAGAAGAAUACAUGUAACUUAACCCUUUGGGGGUGUACAAUUUAAACAACAACAAAAUGACAAAUUACGCUUUGCGGUACAUUGGAUGUAAUGCAUUACAGGGCACUUAAGCUUGGGAAAACGAUUAGGCCAGAGAGUCUUGUUGGACACAUGUACCGGGACGCUAGACAUGGAAACACUACUUGGUACGAAUCCUUCUGGCACUGAAUCCUGCGCAGAUAGGCUUUUGUUCAGUUCUUUGCAGUGCAAAAGCUGAUGGGGUGAAUGUUCCUCUGUAAAUAGGCCUCACGCUUAUUGUGGAGCAAUCGGCUGCAGGCCUGAAAGUGAAGGGGUAAAAAUACACAUGUACAGAUGAAAGGAAGUUAAUGUAUUUCUUAUUAUUAUUAACACUAUAAAUAAUUAUUUAAAAA